AUGAAGAUCGACAAGAGGCUAAAUGCGUACAAGGAGAUGUAUCACAAGGUACAAAAUCUAGAAGAAUAUCCCGAGAUCCUCCCGGAAGCCAAGCAAAUGCUCCAGUCUUUGUUGGAACAAGGCUUGCUGAUGGCCCGCUACAAACCUCAACUCGGGGACAUCUUGGCCAUCGAGGAAUUCGAUCCCGCCCAGCUGCACAAGUUCGUGGAAGGCCGUCAGGCCGAAGUCGGGCAAGAAUUCGAGUCCUAUAUCCAGCGAAGAAAGGCAGGCGGUGGUCUGGAGCUUUUCCAGACCUUUGAGGAGGCCUGCCAAUAUCUUAAGAAUAGCGCGGCAUGGAAUUUCGUGGACGGGUCUUGGCUAUCCCAUAUCCACCACGUCACCACGCCAUUUGCCCUCCGACAUGUUACUAAGAACGCCUGGCAAAUCUUUUCCGAGGAACUAGGUGACGGCGACCUGGAAAAAAUCACGUCUGACGCGGCCGAUUUUAUCCAUGCACGCCACGGCAUGAACGACGAGCCGGCGUGGAGGCUUUCCAUUGCGCAGCUUCUUCUGUCUGUCUUUCCAAACGACUUCUUGCCCGAGAUCCUUGGGUUUAAUCUAUACUACGAGGCCCCGGCCCUCAGCAACUACAGGGCCAACAAGGAAAUGCCAGAGUUUGGCAUUUCCCCGUAUUAUUACGCAUUGCACAUUUCAAUCGACAAUCCUGAUUCCGGCCACUGCGCAAUGGCUGUCGGGAAUAUUGUGGAUUUCAUGAAGGUCGUCCAAGACACGGGUAUGAUGGACUAUAAUGUCGCAUGGAAGCGUGUCCAGGCUGGCUAUGUCCUUGGCCAAACCGCUGAGGACAGGGAAACGGUGGAUCACUACGAGGAUAAGCUUGUUGAGUUCCUGUGCCGAAAGGCUAAUCUUGCGGAAAAGCAACCCGGUGACAAUGGCGAGAAGGAUAAUCAAGACUCCGACGAUGAUAGUUGGAAGGAAGAACUCCUCCUCGCCUUGGAGGACUCAAAGCCUUGGGUGUACCGAGGGGACAGCAGCAAGAGCCUCCUGGUGAGGGAGGUGUCCUGGAAAGGCAGGAUGUUUGGUGCUUUUACAAACGAUGAAGUCGCUUGGAUGCGCACAUGGAUCGACUCGCGGAAGAAGAAGGACUCUAAUCCUGCCGGAACGUACUGGGACCUUAUUGGCGGCUACGCAACGGUAGAGAAAGCGUUCGACCCGCCGAGGCGCGAUGUUGCGGUCACGCAUCCAGUGUUCUCACCAAUGCAAGAGUGGCUCCCCAGCGAGGUCAGCGAAUUCACUCCUCGGGAACCGCUGGUGAAGUUCCUUUCCAGAGAACGCGUGCCACUUGACGCACUAUUGAGACUGUGGUUUGUGCACCCAUGUCUUCUUGAGAACACGAUUAGCUCACCGUAUAAGACGACGAGCCCUCUCAUUUCAACCUGUCUACAGCUGCUGCGUGCCGAAAAAGGGUAUAAACCCGAAGGCACGGGGAUCGCCUGCAUGGAUGAGCAGCUACGCUCCGAUUACAGCCCCGACCUUGUGGCCCUUGGCCUUGAGAUGGCUCGGCUGCACAAGUUACCCCGACCAACCUGUCUGGGCGACUUACUCCGCGCGCCUGGCGAGGACAACCUUGAUGAAUCUACAAAGUUUGCAUACGCGUUGCUGAGUUGGGCGCAACGGCCGAUGAAGAAUUGUGCUUUCUUGCUUGGCUUGUCCCGCGCGUUCCUGGACCUAGAGGCGUGGGUGGCCGGCACCGACGAUCUGCUGGGCUGGAAAGAGAAGGCGGCCUUGCAAAAGAUGGUGGAGAGGAAAAGGACCGGAUUUGACAAGUGUUUGGAGCUGCUGUCGGAGGAGGAGCUGAAAUGCCGCGAAUUCGUCGGCGGAUAUGAGCUGGGUCGGACAAAGAUAGAGGAGCUGCUGGCUUGA